UCGAUGCCAAGUCUUACGAAUGUCAAAUCGAAUUUCUUGGCAUUCGAUUCGAUGUCGAAUCGAAUGGGGUGUGCUCCGUUCGACAUACGAAUCGAACAGGGCGCAUUUCAUUCGACACCGAAUCGAAGGGCGCCAAGCAUUCGGUCGAUUCGAUCGAACAAACCGGCGCGAUGCGCAGAAACUUUGCCAGGGGCUGGUUUAGCGUGAGUGAUUGACGCGUUGGAAACCACUUGUAAAGCGAUCUUCAACGCGGCGCCUGUGAUUCGUUCCUCGCUGGUCAGGCUCCUACGAUGGUGCUAAGAUAUGUUAGCGAGUACACCUAUCUCCCCGACUCUCCUACGGAGCUUCAGGUACCAUGUAACUGUAGCCAUCAUCCCGGCUGAUGUGCUGCGUAUAAAUUCGGCGGUAACUCGACUUUGUAGCUUGGAAUGACACGUCCAGUCAACUUCCAUGACGAAUAAAUCCGACGUGGGAGACGUUGGAAGUACGGGUUAUUCCCACAGGUGAAUUCCAGCAGCUGAAGUUAGGGGGUACUAGAACACUCGUAUAGAAUAGGUGAGACGCGUGGUAGCUUCAAACGCAAGGUAUAGGGUAGGCAUGCCCCAUCAAUAUCGCUGACAAGGCACACUGGAGUAACGUACAUGAUAAGCGAGUGC